AUGCAGGCGCAACGACCAAGUGCUGAGGUCCGAUACGAACCAACAGCCGAUGAUAUUGACCCAGUUGCAGUCCAAAAAGAGCGAAGGAGUCGCAUCGUCCAGGCCCAGGAUGAGGAGUUGAGGUGGUCGAACCUGAAAGCUAUCCUGAGAGGCGAAACCACAGCGAUGAUUUACAAAGAGGCUCGAGAAACCUGGAAGUGGACGGACAACUUUGUGCUAUCAAGUGACAAUGUCCUGUAUUACACGGGUGCGAGCAGAAGAAAGAAGUGCUACACAACUGUCAUGACUCCAUCGAAGGAGGGCACUAAGGUGCCGUCCGCUCUUAUCAGAGAGUUUGUGAUCGCUAAAGCGAUGUCUGAAACCGACGCCCUGACUGUGGCCAAGGUGUUCGAGGAAUGCAUCUAUAGACGAUUUGGUGCUCCGUGUCUUAUUCGUCACGAACGAGACCCACGCUUCAUGAGCGAGGUCUUCCAGGCCUUCGCUGAAUUAAUACAAGCGCGGUCAAGGCCGACACUGAGCUAUCGCCCACAAGGGAAUGGACAGCAAGAGCGGUCGGCCAAGACCGUGAUGCAGCCUGUCAAGGUCUAUAUGGAAGACCCGUUGCAGCAAGACUGGGAUGAGAUCGCCGAGCGACUAGUCUUUGCGAUCAACAACUCUCAUGAUAUGACCAGGAAAGAGAUGCCAUUUUAUUUGGUGCAUGGAUGGGAUGCCGAUACGACGCUACGAGCAAUGACGACCACUCUGAAGCGAGAUGUUGGUAAGCAGACUGAGGCACUAGCCUGGUGGCGAGAGAUUAACCGCUCGCAGCAGAUUGCUCUCGAGAUGCUGCAGAGAAGGUCCGACGCGCUAGAAUCCAUAACGAGAAGCUCAGCUGUAAAUAACAAGUCGCGAUACCAAAAGGUGUAA